UCUCCUCAGCAUCACCAGCGGAGAGGAGGAGGAGGAGGAGGAGGAAGGAGAGGUUGUGUCAGGUGGAAACUGGGACCUCUAUGGAUAUAACCAUCACCCUCCACCGGCACUGAACCUCAGCAUCUUCCGGCCGGCGGUCAGCGCUGCAGGCACGCAGCGCUCUUAACUUGCGCUAAGGCGCAGUUUUUGCACAGUGCACACCCCCCGCGGUGCUUCAGUAAUUACCCAAACCAGCCGCUUCCUCGUGUAAUAGGGACUAAUCGAGGGAAAACCCUGCUGGAAUAAAAGCGGAGCGUCAGUCUCCUCCAUUGAUAAACCGCGCUCCUCAUCGAUUCGAGCCAGCGACGUCUUGGUGGAGGAGGAGGAGGAGGACGAAACCAAACCAAAAAACUGACACUGAGGCUAAAGGGCGUCGGGCGCGAUGGCUAAUGCCUCUCCAGACCUGGACAACGCGGAAGCCCAGCGCCAGCUUAACAACAACAACCGACCAAUCGGCUCUGGCUUCUGGGAGACAGAGUGUACCAGCUCCAAACUGUUCGAGUGCUCCCGCAUCAAGGCCCUGGCAGAUGAACGAGAUGCAGUGCAAAAGAAGACUUUUACAAAGUGGGUCAACUCUCAUUUAGCCAGGGUGUCCUGUCGCAUAUCUGACCUUUACAACGACCUGAGGGAUGGAUACAUGCUCACCAGACUGCUGGAGGUCCUCAGUGGAGAGCUGCUGCCGAGGCCCACACGAGGUCGAAUGCGGAUCCACUGCCUGGAGAACGUCGACAAAGCACUGCAGUUUCUUAAAGAGCAGAGGGUUCACCUGGAAAACGUCGGUUCCCAUGACAUUGUGGAUGGAAACCAUCGCCUUACCCUGGGCCUUAUCUGGACCAUCAUCCUUCGCUUUCAGAUCCAGGUGAUCAAAAUAGAGACGGAGGACAACAGAGAAACCCGCUCUGCCAAGGAUGCGCUGCUGCUUUGGUGCCAGAUGAAGACUGCAGGGUACUCUGAGGUCAACAUCCAGAACUUCACCACCUGCUGGAGGGACGGCCUUGCCUUCAACGCCCUAAUACAUAGACACAGACCUGAUCUAAUAGAGUUCCACAAGCUGACACGAUCCAAUGCAACCCACAACCUGCAGCAAGCCUUUAACAUCGCUGAGCAGCACCUGGGCCUCACGAAACUCCUGGACCCUGAGGAUGUGAACACCGAGAACCCAGAUGAAAAGUCCAUCAUUACAUACGUGGUUUCCUAUUACCACUACUUCUCUAAGAUGAAGGCUCUUAUUGUGGAGGGGAAGCGCGUUGGCAAGGUGCUAGACAACUGCAUUGAGGCAGAGAAGAUUGUUAACCGCUAUGACGCUCUGGCAUCUGAGCUCCUCGAGUGGAUAGAGAAGACCAUCGCGGUCAUCAGCAACCAGAAGUUUGCCAACUCGCUGACCGGAGUUCAGCAGCAGCUGCAGGCUUUCACCACCUACUGCACUAUAGAGAAGCCCAUCAAGUUUCAGGAGAAGGGUAAUCUCGAGGUCCUUCUCUUCACCAUCCAAAGCAAACUCAGAGCCAAUAACCAGAAACCCUAUGUGCCUAAUGAUGGGAAGCUCAUCUCAGACAUUAACAAGGCCUGGGAGAGAUUGGAGAAGGCAGAGCACGAGAGGGGUGUAGCUUUACGGAAGGAGCUGAUUCGCCAGGAGAAGCUUGAGCUGUUGGCUCAGCGCUUUGACCACAAAACCACCAUGAGGCAAGCCUGGCUCAAUGAGAAUCAGAGACUCGUAUCGCAGGACAAUUUUGGCUAUGACCUACCAGCAGUCGAGGCAGCGAUGAAGAAGCACGAAGCCAUCGAGGCAGACAUAGCCUCAUACGAGGAAAGAAUUGGCGUGGUUGUGGAACUCGCCGCGGAGAUGGAGGUGGAAGGAUACUACGAUAUCCGGCGUAUUUUGGCACGUAAAGAGAAUAUCCUGGGCCAGUGGAGUCUGCUGAAGGAGCUGGUGGCUGGGAGAAGGACCCGGCUGGAGAAGAAUCUGGCCUUGCAGAAGACCUUCCAGGACAUGGUGUACAUGAUUGACUGGAUGGAGGACAUGCAGGUCCAGCUGCUCUCGAGGGACUUUGGGAAACAUCUACUGGAGGUGGACGACCUGCUGCAGAAGCACGGCCUGCAGGAGGCCGAUAUUACUGUGCAGGCUGAGAGAGUCGAGACGCUCAACACUGCUGCACUCAAGUUCACCACAAUAGAGGGUUACCAACCAUGUGACCCACAGGUGAUCUGUAACCGUGUCAACCAUGUCUCUUCCUGUCUGGAGGAGCUGAAACACCUGGCAACUAAAAGACGUGCUGAGCUCGAGGAGUCAAGGAAACUGUGGGCCUUCUUUCAGGAGCUGGAAGAGUCGGAGGCCUGGAUCAGAGAGAAAAGCUCCAUCCUGGGAGCUCAGGGCUACGGGAAGGACCUGAGCAGUGUGCUGAGGUUACUGCAACAGCACAAGACUCUGGCUGGGGAACUGCUGGCUCACCGCUCACUGCUGCAGAACACCAUGAAGCGAGGGAAGCAGAUUCUGAGUGAGAAGAGCUUUGGCACAGCGGGGAUCCAGGAGCGCAUCAUGGAGGUUAAAGGCGAGUGGAAGAGGCUGGAGGACCAGGCUGCGCAGCAUCUCAGCCAUCUGCAGGAGGCGCUCAACUUCUUCCAGUUCUCCACAGAGACGGACGACGUCGUGGCCUGGCUGCAGGACGCUUACCGCCUGGUGUCCAGUGAAGACUUUGGACACGAUGAGUACUCCACUCAAUCGCUGCUAAAGAAACACAGAGGGGUCAGUGAAGCCAUUGACAAACAUCGUUUGCAUGUAGUGGCACUGCGCAAACACAUGGUGGCGCUACCCCUGCGGUACCGUGAACAGGAGGAGGUGCAGGUUCGUAUGGGAGAGGUGGAGCAGCUGUACACAGAGGUUGCUGAAAUCGCAGUGCUCAGACAGCAGUGGCUUCACGACGCCCUCGCUGUGUACCGCAUGUUCAGCGAGGUCAAUGCCUGCGAGCUGUGGAUUGACGAGAAGGAGCAGUGGCUGGAAAGGAUGGAGAUCCCAGAAAAACUGGAGGAUGUGGAGGUCGUGGCACACAGAUUUGAGAGCCUGGACCAGGAGAUGAACAGCCUGAUGGGAAGGAUCCUGGAUGUUAAUCAGAUAGUUCAGCAGCUCCUGGAUGGAGGUCAUCCAUCUUCUACAGAGGUCAGAGGUUGUCAGGACCACCUCAACUCUAGGUGGAACAGCAUCGUGGAGCUGGUCGAGCAGAAGAAAGAUCAACUGGACUCGAUGUUACGUCUGCAGAACUACCUGCUGGAGUGUGCCGAGAUCAAGUCCCAGAUCCAGGACAAGAGAAAAGCCAUUGACGCCACCCAGUAUGUGGGCAGUGAUUUGGGAGGGGUCCUCGCCCUGCAGAGACGCCUCUCUACUAUGGAGGGAGCCCUGUCUGUUCUGGAGCCCAAACUACUGCACUUACAGGAAGAGGCAGAGCAUCUGGCCACUGCUCACCCGGUUCGGGCAAUGGAGGUUCUUGUGCAGUUUGAUGGCAUCAGUGUGGAGUGGGAGGAGCUCAAACGGACCCUGCAGGGAUGUGAGGACUCGCUGAUGGUGGCUAGCAGACUGCAGAGCUUCAUACAGGACCUGGACUCAUUCCUCACCUGGUUGGUCCAGACGCAGACCGCCGCUGCCUCAGAGCAGCUGCCCAACAAUCUGGAGGAGGCAGAGAAGCUCAUCAACGAGCACGCUGCUCUCAAGGAAGAGAUUGGACGGUACGAAGAGGACUACGAGCGCCUGCAAGCCAUGAAUGAGCUCCUGGAGUCCGAGGAGGCUCCUCUCCCACAGGCCGCCCUGCAGCAGUGGCUCCAGAAACUCGAUGUCGGCUGGAACAAGCUGCUGGAGAUGUGGGAAAGCAGGAGAGAAGUUCUGGUCCAGGCUCACAUUUUCCAUCUAUUCCUGCGUGACGUCAAACAGGCCGAAUCCUUCCUCAACAACCAGGAGUCUGCGCUCGCUCACGUGGAGCUGCCCACCACAGUGGAAACAGUGGAAGCGGCUAUAAAGAAACACAAGGACUUCACCACCACCAUGGAGCUGAACCUGCACAGGAUCAAAGCUGUGAUCGAGGCAGGAGAAAGUCUGAUCAGCCAGAACAACAUCUACUCUGAACGCAUUAAGGAGCGCAUCGACACUCUUGCCAACAGGGGAAACAAGAACAGAGGGCUGGCCCAGCAGUGGCUGGAAAAACUGAAUGACCAGUGGGAACUUCAGAGGUUUCUCCAGGACUGUCAUGAGCUGGGGGAUUGGGUGUAUGAGAAGAUGCUAAUGGCGAGGGACAGCAGUCGAGACGAGACCCAGAAGCUUCAUAAGAAAUGGCUGAAGCACCAGGCUUUUAUGGCCGAGUUGGCCCAGAAUAAGGAAUGGCUGGACAAAAUUGAAAAGGAGGGCCAGCAACUGAUCCAGGAGAAGCCGGAGCUCAGCCCGGUGGUGCGGAAGAAGCUGGAGGAGAUCAGGGAGUGCUGGCAGGAUCUGGAGAGCACCACUCAGGCAAAAGCCCGCCAGCUUUUUGAAGCCAACAAGGCCGACCUGCUGGUGCAGAGUUACGAAAGCCUCGACCAGAGACUGGGCCAGCUCGAGGGUCAACUGGCCUACGUCGACCAGGGACAGGACCUCACCACCGUCAACAAGCAGCUCAAAAAACUGCAUACCCUGGAGACCCAGAUGGAGGAAUGGUAUAAGGAGGUAGGGCAGCUUCAGGUGCAGGCAUCCUCCAUCCCGCAGCAGACGCAGGUCAAGGAGACGGUUGCAGAGCGACAGGCCGCCGUGGAGGCCAGGAUGGUGCGUUUGAUCGAGCCGCUGAAGGAGAGGCGACGCAUCCUGCUGGCGUCCAAGGAAGUUCAUCAAGUUGGGCGAGACCUGGAGGAUGAGAUUUUGUGGGUCCAGGAACGCCUCCCGAUGGCCAUGUCUCAGGAGCACGGCUCUACUCUGCAGGCUGUGCAGCAGCUAAUGAAGAAGAACCAGAAUCUUCAGAGGGAGCUGCAGAGCCACAGGAGCAGAAUUGAUGAUGUCCUGGAGAGGGCGGGGAUCAUUGGCUCCAUACGCAGCCCUGAGGCAGACUGCAUCAGGGCAGGUCACGACCAGCUGUCCCAGCUGUGGGCUCUGCUUUGGGCCGAGACUGAGAGGAGGCAGCUGGUCCUGGAUGCCAUGUACCAGGCCCAGCAGUACUACUUCGAUACAGCCGAGGUCGAGGCCUGGCUGAGUGAGCAGGAGUUGCACAUGAUGAAUGAGGAGAAGGGAAAGGAUGAGCAGAGCACGCUGCAGCUGCUGAAGAAGCAUUUGGUCCUAGAACAGACCAUCGAAGACUACGCUGAGACCAUCGGCCUGCUUUCACAGCAGUGCCGGCAGCUGCUGGAGAUGGGACAUCCAGACUGCGAACAGAUCAGCAAGCGUCAGUCACAGAUAGACCGUCUGUACGUGUCUCUGAAGGACCUGGUGGAGGAGAGGAAGAGCCGCCUGGAGCAGCAGUACUGGCUGUACCAGCUCAACAGGGAGGUGGAUGAGUUGGAGCAGUGGAUCGCUCAGAGGGAGGUGGUCGCCAGCUCGCCUGAACUGGGUCAAGACUAUGAGCAUGUCACAGUCCUACAGGAGAAGUUUACAGAGUUUGCGUCAGAAACGGGCAGCGUGGGCCAGGAGCGAGUGACAGCCGUCAAUCAGAUGGUGGAUGAGCUCAUCGACUACGGCCACUCAGAAGCAGCCACCAUCGCCGAAUGGAAGGACGGAGUGAACGAAGCCUGGGCCGACCUGCUGGAGCUCAUGGAGACCCGCGGUCAGAUGCUCGCUGCUUCACACCAGCUGCACAAAUUCUUCUUCGACUGCAGAGAGGUUUUAGCCCAGAUUGAUGACAAACAUCGAAGGUUGCCAGAGGUUCGGGCUCGGCAGGGCAGCACUUCCAACACCAGCACCCUGCAGAGACUCCUGCACACCUUCGAGCAGGACAUUCAGCUGCUUGUCACACAGGUGCGUCAGCUGCAAGAGAGCGCAGCCCAGCUGAGGACGGUGUACGCUGGCGAGAAGGCCGAAGCCAUCGCGUGCCGUGAGCACGAAGUGAUGCAGUGCUGGAAAGAGCUGCUAACAUCCUGCGAAGAGUGUCGGGUGCAGAUCACCACAGAGACUGACAAGCUGAGGUUCUUCGGCAUGGUCCGAGAUCAGAUCAUGUGGAUGGACUCGAUCAUCUGUCAGAUAGGGACAGGAGAGAAGCCCAGGGACGUGUCCUCAGUAGAGGUGCUGAUGAACUAUCACCAGAGUCUUAAGAGUGAAGUAGAGGCUCGCAGUCAGAGCAUCCUGGAGUGUAUUGAGAUGGGAAAAACCCUGCUGGCGGCUAGAAACCCUGCAGCUGAAGAGAUCAAAGAGAAGCUGGACAAAGUGAUCGCUAAGGAGCGUGAGCUGUCUGAGAAGUGGGACAAGCACUGGGAAGUCCUGCAGCAAUUGUUGGAGGUUCACCAGUUUGCCCAGGAGGCGGUGGUGGCAGAGGCAUGGCUGACUGCUCAGGAGCCGUUUAUCAACAGCAACGAGCUUGGAGGGAGCGUAGAUGAGGUGGAACAGCUGAUUCGUCGACAUGAAGCCUUCCGCAAAGCAGCUGCCACCUGGGAAGAGCGAUUCAGCUCACUGCGGCGGCUCACCACGGUAGAAAAGCUAAAAGCAGAGCAAAGUAAACUGCCCCCAACUCCCCUCCUGGGUCGUAAAGUCUUCCUGGAUCCCCAAGAUGCCUCACAUAGUCCACCCACUCUCCCCCGCCUCCCAGUCUCCCCCGUCAUGAGGCAGACUAUAUAUGAACAGAACGAAGCCAGCUCUCCUCCAUCUCCCUCGCCGGCCACCCCAACACCUUCUCCGUCAUCUGCAGCUCGGCGCCUGGGAUCAACAGUCGCCAACUACACCCCUGUGAUGAACGGCUCCAGCUACCGAAACACUCUGGAUGUCCGGGAUGGAGGCGUAGUGGGUGUGGCUGCAGGUCUAGGCCGCCCGGCUGCAUCCUCGAUUGCAUCUAUAGCCACAGCAGCGAUGCUAGUGUCAGCCAACCAGGCACGAGAAAGUGCCAGCACAGCAAGGGAACAGACAGCAAAGGUGAUGAGUCACCUGCAUCCGGCACAAGCGGCGAGGGAAAUUGAGGCAAAAUCCUCCCCGUAUCUCCGGCAACCCAAAAUCAAACACUUAGAUGAUGCUGUGACGCCUCUGAUUGUGGCCAGCCGGCUGGAGAAGGCAAGAGAGCGGGGGAGGGAGAGAGAUAUGAUGAUGGGGCCAGAGAGAGCAGAGGUAGCAGUGAUGGCCGAGGUGGUGCUUCAGGAGCCGAGCCGGGAGCGUCUGCACAGCGAGCCCACCAGAGGGCCUCGAGGAUCCAGGACUGACCCUUUGGGCCACGCUGAGCCUCAGGGCCAGACACACACUUAUCACCACAGGAUAGAACGGCAGCUGUCCAGUGAGCAGCUAAUCCAGGCGCGCAGGGAUGAGCUGCCUCAAGAGGUGUGGAGGGAACAGGCUGAGAGGCGGGAGAGACGGACGUUGGAGAGGCAAACUUCCAGCGAACAAGAAGGUCACGGGGGCCACGAGGGCCGGCGGAGAGAGAGGGACAGGCACCGGCUGGAGAGACAGGAAUCCAGUGAGCACGACACAGGGAAGGAGCAAUCAGACAGACGCUCAGCAGGAGGAGACAAGAGGUCCACCAUGGCAGAGAUCGUAGAGCAGCUACAAGAAAGAGAAGCAGCGCAGGCCCGCGGUGAGGUGCCCCGACUGCCUAAUGGGAUACCAGAAAAGUCUUCCCGCCCCGACCGCCCUCGAGCUCGGGACAGACCCAAACCACGACGCCGGCCACGACCCAAAGAGCCCGGGGAAACGACGCGGCGGUCCAGAUCUGCACCAGCCCAGAGCAGCCCGAUCGUCCCCCAACCGCCCACACAUACGGCACACCACGAGGGCUUCCUUUUCCGCAAGCUGGACAUUGAGAGCCUGAAGAAGAGCACCAAUAGCAGAUCAUGGGUCAACCUGUACUGCGUGCUGAAUAAAGGGGAGCUGGGUUUCUACAAGGACGCCAAGAACACCACGACGCCCUACAACAACGAGCCGCUGCUCAACCUCUCCCACUGCCACUGCGACGUCACCAAUGGCUACAAGAAGAAGAAGAACGUCUUCACGCUCAAAACGAAGGACGGCAGCGAGUUUUUGUUUCAUGCAAAAGAUGAGGACGACCUCAAAACGUGGGUGACUAAUAUCACCGCCAGUAUUUCAGAGCACGAGGAGAUUGCCAAAUGGGGUCAGCCCCAACCAACUACCUCAUCCACCGACGAGGGCACGCGCCGCGACGGGAGCAAGGUGGACAACAGGUCAGAGCGCGGCGGCGAGCGUUCGGACCGGGGUGACCGAAUCGAGCGUGCUGAGAAGGAGAAGGAACGGGACAGAGAGAAGGAGAAGGAGAGGGAUAAAGAGAAGGAGAGGGAGAGGGGCGAACGGUCGGAGAGGUCAGAACGGGCUGGGAAGUCGGACGCAAAACGAUCAGAAAAGUCCAGUAAGAAAAAAUGAGCUUGGACGGGAGCUGGGAUUGAAGCUCACAGUAUGAACUCUGGCUGGGAGGCGGGGCCAUAAACUGGUUGCGAACGCCCCCCUCCUCCUCUUCGCCUCCAACACUGUCAACAGAGCAGUCGUGUUUGGAUGGAAAUCGAAGGUUUGACCCGGGCUCACUCAUAGGACAGACGGGACGGAUUUGAUUUGGAGCAGGAGACACCUCUCUCGCUCUCCCCCUCUAUCUCUCUCUCUCUCUCUCUUCUGUGUCUCUGUGAGAACGCACAGAGUCACCGACGCCCCCUGGCGGCUGUUUCGGAGAACUGCCUGAGAGCAGGGUGGCGUUUUGUGCUGCGGAGCCCCGGGCAGCGUCGCCGCGAGAGAGAGACGGGACGCGCAUCACGGUCAACGGGAAGGCUGUUAGGCUGACGGCUGGUAGAGCGAUAAAACGUAGCUCAUGCUGUUCCAUGUUUGUUUUUUCUAUGAGACGAGCUCCGUCUGUAUGUAUUUCUCGUCUGUGUGUCCUAUUUACUGUAUAUAUCUGUCUGUAAGUCGAGACAUCCUACACUACGUCUUAUUACUCCUUGGAAAUACAAACAGAAUGAAAUUA